AUGAGUCGUUCUGUGCUCACGGCUUUCCCUUAGAGCCACGUGACCGUGUUCUAUAAAAAGAGAAGCGUGGUGCCUGCCGGAUUAGACUGUACGGGGAACAGCGGACGCCGUAACAAUGGCGUCGACGAGUCGUGUGGAUCCAAGGGUCACUUGUCCAAACCACCCUGAUGCCAUGCUUGUGGAAGACUAUAGAGCCGGAGACAUGAUCUGCUCUGAGUGUGGAUUAGUUGUAGGUGAUCGAGUGAUUGAUGUUGGGUCUGAAUGGAGAACUUUCAGUAAUGACAAGGCUACCAAAGAUCCAUCUCGAGUUGGAGACACUCAGAAUCCACUGCUAAGUGGGGGUGACCUGACUACAAUGAUUGGCAAGGGAACAGGAGCAGCUAGUUUUGAUGAAUUUGGGAACUCCAAAUAUCAGAAUCGCAGAACAAUGAGCAGUUCAGACAGAGCCAUGAUGAAUGCAUUUAAGGAAAUCACAACAAUGUCUGACAGAAUAAACCUCCCACGUAAUAUAAUUGAUCGGACUAAUAACUUGUUUAAACAAGUAUAUGAGCAGAAAAGCCUCAAAGGGAGAGCCAAUGACGCUAUUGCCUCUGCUUGUCUGUAUAUAGCAUGUAGACAAGAAGGUGUACCUAGAACAUUUAAAGAAAUCUGCGCUGUCUCAAGAAUCUCCAAGAAAGAAAUUGGCAGAUGCUUCAAGCUGAUCUUGAAAGCUUUGGAAACAAAUGUGGAUUUGAUUACAACUGGAGAUUUUAUGUCCAGGUUCUGUUCAAACCUGGGCCUGACCAAACAAGUACAGAUGGCUGCGACUUACAUUGCACGCAAGGCUGUGGAGUUGGACUUGGUUCCUGGACGCAGUCCCAUAUCGGUGGCAGCUGCUGCCAUUUACAUGGCUUCACAAGCAUCUGCUGAAAAGAAAACGCAAAAAGAAAUUGGUGACAUCGCAGGAGUGGCAGAUGUGACUAUCCGUCAGUCUUACAGACUCAUCUAUCCCCGGGCUCCAGACCUGUUCCCUGCAGACUUCAAGUUUGACACACCAGUUGACAAGUUGCCACAGUUAUAAAGUGACUCUUUCUGUUUUUUUUGAAUAGUUUUGUUUUUGGUUCCAGUUAUAAGUCUUGAUACUGAGCCUUCAGAUUUACAAUUGGAAAAAUCUGCUGCAGGUUUGUGAUAACAUUCCAAGACUAGUUUUGUAUGUGUAUAUAUCCUUGCAGGUUAAAUAUUUAAAAAUCUCAACGGUGUUCUUCAUUUGUUACUGUAUAUUGGCAAAUAUUUAACGGCUAAUAAAUCCUUUUCAGAAAGC